AUGAACAAUAAUAACACAAUUGUGUACAUCAAAGUUGAUGGCCCAAGACCUGCAAAUUUCGUCGAUCCCACACCAUUUGACUGGAAUGAGGAGAAGGAGAACCAGUUAUGGAAAUUCAUAUCCAAAUUAGAUAGCGAACAGGAUCAUAUUAAUUGGAAACAAUUGUCUGAGACAUUUGAAACUCCUGUCUACUUUCUAAAGAAUAGAGCUUAUAAGAUGUUUUCCAUGAGAUUAGAACAACUGAAACAGAAGAUACAAAAUAAGAAAAAAAUGUUAGAAGGCAAUCAUAUAUCUGAAUCAAUAUCCCUGGGCCAUCCAAUAAUAGAUUCUCCUUCGGAGUCUUCUUUUUUAACACAUAGAGUGACGAAUAGGAAAACAGAUCACAAACCUUCGAGUUUCGAUGGCAGAGAAGAUAUAGAUAAUGAUGUUGCUGAUGAAUUAGCGGAAGGAUUACAGAAAACUAAAUUAUUAAACUAUAUAACACCCGAAACAAAUGAGGUGACUGACAAUAAUAUGAGGCAUGAUGGUGAUAGCGAAUUAGAUAGCGAUAUAUCAUCCAAUCUUAGUGUAAGCAAGUCCGCUUUGGAGGAAGCAUUGAUGGCCAGAUUAAAUUUCUAA